CUGCCUUAAGAUGCCUUCUAAAGGUCUGGUAAUUGUUGUUCUCUUUGACCUCUGGUGGGAGGGCGUUCCAUAGGGUGGGUGCCACUACCGAGAAGGCCCUCUGCCUGGUUCCCUGUAACUUGGCUUCUCGUAGCGAGGGAACCGCCAGAAGGCCCUUGGCGCUGGACCUCAGUGUCCGGGCAGAACGAUGGAGGUGGAGACGCUCCUUCAGGUAUACUGGGCCGAGGCCAUUUAGGGCUUAAAAGGUCAACACCAACAGUUUGAAUUGUGCUCCGAAAUGUACUGGGAGCCAAUGUAGGUCUUUCAGGACCAGUGUUAUAUGGCCUCGGCGGCCACUCCCAAUCACCAAUCCAGCUGCCGUGGCUUGGUGGGCCAUUGGCCCAAUCUCGAGGCUCUUCUGAUGAGGAAGAUGGGAGUUCUGGUCCAAAACAGCUGAAGGCUGGGUGGUUUUUUGUUUUUGUUUUUUUUAAAGGCUUAAGCUUUCACAAACUGUGUGACAAAAGGAGUGGCAGUCCCCGAACGCUUGUGCCGUCACAAAUUGCUUAGUCCUCAAUGUGCCCCAGGACUCUUCUUUUUUGCCGCCCCCUCUGGAAACGGUUGCCACACGGGAAAACUAGCGAUGCUCCUCUGCAUUUUGCCUGUGUAUUUAAAAGGCUGAAUAACCAACUAAUACCUCAGAGUUCUUCUAACUAACUCCCCCCUCCCUCAACUCCUCCUUUGCAUGUCUGUAGCGCCUUGGCCGGAUCCUACCCAAAACACUUCCACUGGGGCCAGACUAGUGUCUCCACCGUCCAUGGGCCGCGUGCGAGGGAAACUUCACCUGCAAGGACAACGAGGUCUGCGUGAGGCCCAACGAAUGCCGCUGCCGCCAUGGAUACUUUGGUGCCAACUGUGAAACCAAGUGUCCCCGCCAGUUCUGGGGCCCCGACUGCAAGGAGAUGUGCCACUGCCACCCCAACGGGCAAUGCGAGGACGUGACGGGCCAGUGCACCUGCAACGCCAACCGCUGGGGGCCCAAGUGCGAGAAUGCCUGCCUGUGCAAGCACGGCAAGUGCGACCAGAAGACGGGCAAGUGCACCUGCGAGCCCAACUGGUGGGGCCCCCAGUGCUCCAGCGCCUGCUACUGCAGCCUCAACUCCCAGUGCGACCAGCAGGUGGGCACCUGCAUCUGCCAGCCGGGCUGGUGGGGCCGCAGCUGCAACAACCAGUGCUCCUGCAACAACUCGCCCUGCGAGCAGUUCACAGGCCGCUGCCAGUGCCGGGGGCGCACCUUCGGUCCCCGCUGCGACCGCUACUGCCAGUGCCACAUGGGCAAAUGCAACCAGCUGGACGGGACCUGCGCCUGCGAGCCGGGAUACCGGGGAAAGUUCUGCAGGGAGCCCUGCCCGGCUGGAUUCUACGGGCAAGGCUGCCGGAGGAGGUGUGGGCAAUGCAAGGAGCUUCAGCCCUGCACCAUUGCGGACGGGCGCUGCCUGGCAUGCGAAGCUGGCUGGAACGGCACCAAGUGCGACCAGAUCUGCUCAGCAGGCUUCUACGGGGAGGGCUGUGACCAGACCUGCCCUCCCUGCAAGGACGGCCACACCUGCAACCACAUCAACGGCAAGUGUUCCCACUGCAAUCCUGGCUGGAUUGGGGACAGGUGUGAGACGAAGUGUCGCAACGGGACCUACGGCGAGAAUUGCGCCUUUGUCUGCAACGACUGUUUCAACGGCACGUGCGACUUCGAGUCGGGGCGCUGCCUCUGCCGGCCAGGCUUCCAAGGAAUUUGGUGUAACGUGACGUGCCAAACUGGUCACUAUGGGGUGAACUGUUCAGAAUCCUGCAAGUGCCACGAAGAUUCUUGCGACCCACUGACCGGAUCCUGCUACAUGGAGGCUAACCAGCGGAUGGGUGUCAUUGGAGCUGGUGCCCUCUUGGCCUUCCUCCUCCUCCUCCUCCUCUCCCUCCUGUGUUGCUGCUGCGUUUGCCGCAAGAAAGACCACUCUCGGGACUCAAACCAAGACCCACCCCACAAGAAAUCCCCGAGGCGUCUUUGUGGGAGAUUCAGCCGCAUCAGCAUGAAACUUCCACGCAUCCCUCUUCGCCGCCAGAAGCUGCCAAAGGUUGUCGUGGCUCAUCAUGACCUGGAGAACACCAUGAACUGCAGCUUCAUUGAGCCCCCAUCAGUGGUGGAGCAGCCGUCGCCUUCGUGGUCCUCCCGGGGCUCCUUCUCGUCCUUCGACACUACGGAUGAGGGCCCCGUCUACUGUGUGCCACAUGAAGAGAGUGUGAGCGACAGCAAGGAUAGAGUUUCCGCUCCCUGCAACCCAGUGGAGAAGGUGGCACCCCCCAUCAGCGAGGAGGAAGCCGGAGAGUACACCGUCUUGAAAGAGAGCCCCUCCAUCCCAGUAGACAGCAGUGAGACGCCCUUGCUCAAAUCCUCUGACAGCGAGCGCUCCUCUUCCGGGUCUGGCUCAGUCAGCGGGGCCCUCUACGCCCGAAUCGCUCGCCUCUCCAAGCAGUCCAGAGAUGAGGAUGACAACACAGGUGCCGCCAAGCCCCCGUCGCCGGAGAGAGCAAAGCCCCCUCCGCCAGACCCCUCGACGAAGCCCAAAGUCUCUUGGAUCCACAGCAAGUACAGCUCCAACCAGUCCAACUCCCUGCCUGCCAUCGGGAUGACCGACUUGACGGAGCACAAACAGGGCUUGGCGAAGAGAAAGAGGAGCCCCAGUGAGACAUUGGCCGGGGUCCAUGGCAAGGUGCCUGCCACCAGGGGCAAAGAGAAAGCCCCGAAGCACCCGAGGGAGCUGAGCUCCCCCGAAGGCAGGGCCCUCUCCCUCUCUGGGGAGCAGCUGUCCCCGUCCAAGCUCAAGCAGAGGCACAAGGCCAGUGCAGAGCAGAUGGAGAACAUCAACGGGGCUGUCCAGAACGUGAUCAAGAAGAUGAGCAGUUACCCUCCGGACCGGAAAGGGAGCGAUGCCCCAAAAAGCCCCAGCCACAGCAAGCUGCGCUCUGAAGUCAUUCACCCCCACCUGUCUUCGGAGGCGGCCACGCUGCUGGCGGCACAGCUGAAGGAAAAGACUCAGAGCCUAAACCGGGGCGAUGGGGGCGCCCGGCAGAAUGGGGUAAGCCCCCUGCCAGCCCAGAGAGAGAAGCCCACCCCGCCGCAGAAGGCCAAGCGCUCCGUGGCCGCCGGCAGCCAGAAGUCCAGCAAGCCUGUGCUGCCGACCUCCCCGAACUUGCAGAAACUGAUCAGCCCCGUGGCGGAGGCGCCAGCUGGCGAGCCCAGGAAGGCGGAAAAGCCCUGCUCCGGUGGCAGCCAAGAGCCAACGACGCCUGUGGCCGGGGACCAGGUGGUCAAGAAAACACCCAUCAAAAAGCCUCCCAGGAAGAAGAGCAGAGAAGCCGCCAUGGAGCAGCAGCCCAAAGCCGCCGCCACGUCACCUCAAACCGUGCAGUAGAAGGAGGCCACGUUACUAAGAGAGGACUGCACACACACACAAAAACAAAGGAAGUGAGAAUUGGGGGUUGCGGGGGAAGCACAGGACUUGUCUCGGGGGAAGCCAGGAGACUGGCAAAGACUCUUUUGAGUGUGCUCCCCCCCACAGUGAGACGCGGACCCUAUUGACAACCAAGGCCUUCUCCCUCGCCCCCCACCGUCAGCAGAUCCAAAGCACUUCUGAUUUUGCUCCCCCCUUUGUGGAGCGGGAAAGGGAUUUUGUGGACCAAGCGCUGGGCGCCUGGGGCUCGGGGUGGGGGAGGGCUUAGCAGGGUGGGUCGGGUGGCUUUUAUUUGUACCAGUAUUAUAAUUGCAUAUGCCAUGCUUCUCUCCCCUAGGGAUUUCCAAGUUGCUAUAGCCUGCAUAAAUGGAGUCGCUGGCUUUCAGGUUCUGAGCAUGGUGGUUGCAAAAGGGCCAUGGCAUAAGCUCCACGGGGCAGAGACCUUUGCCAAUCUGCUGCCCUGCUUCCCGACGUCCUGGGCUGUCGCUCACAUAAAGCCCCGAGCUAAAUAUCCGCCUGAUGCUGGGGCUGCGAUGGGGCCAUGCUGACCAGAGCUGGUUGUAGAAUCAUAGAAUUGGUGAGCUGUAAAGGACCAAAGGGGGUCAUCCAGUUCAACGCCCUGUGGGAAUCGCAGCUAAAGAAUCCCUGACAGAUGGGCAUCCAACCUGUAUUUUAAAAACCUCCAAUGAAGGGGAGCCCACCACCUUCUGAGGGAGUCCAUUCCAUUGUCAAACAGAUCUCACCGUCUGAAAGUCCUUCUUAAUGCUGAGUCGGAAUCUCCUUUCUGGUCAUUUGAAUCCGUUGGUUCAGAUCCUUCCCUCUUGAGCAGAAGAUAACAGGCUUCCUCCCAUCUUCCAUGUGACAACUCUUUAGAUAUUUGAAGAUGGCUCUCAUAUCACCUCUCAGUCUCCUCCAGGCUAAACAUGCCCAACUCCCUUAACUAUUCCUCAUAAGGCUUGGUUUCCAGACCCUCAAUCAUCUUGGCUGCCCACCUCUACACACAUUCCAGCUUGCCACUAUCCCUCUUAAACUGUGGUGGACACAGGGCUACGGGUGGGGUCUGACCGAGGCAGAAUAGUGUGGUGCUACGAUUUCCCUUGAUCUCAACCCUGGACUUCUGUUGCCGCAACCUAGAAUUGCAUUAGCAGUUGAUGGGAGCUGCAGGCCAGAGGUGCGCAAGGGGGCAUCAGGUUGGCAAAGGAGGCUGCUCUGCGGGCAUAGAUGCGGGAGGCAACUUUCCUUUCAAGCUGGCCAUGUGUGCAGGCCUCGCACUGGCUUGGAGCUUCAGCACACCCAGUCUUGGGAUAGCAUCCCAGACCUGACUGGGCAUGCCUUCUGCUGGAGCUUUUUCACCCUGUGAUGCCAAUAUGGGCACCGUCCUCCCUUGCAGCCGUGCUGCCUCGAGCUGGCUUCGAUGGACGCCCUCUCCCCCCCCCUUUUUUUUUGCAUCAAUGGUUCUGGCCGCCAUAAGAGGCCACCUGUCCGGCUACGACAAGGGCAGUUUGGUACACAAGUCUAGCGUCUCCAUUGAAAGCUUCCUUCAUUAAAAAGAAACGGUGUAUUUCUAUAUCCAUGUGUGGUUUUGGUCCCUGUGCUUUGGCCUUCCCUGGCAGCUGUCUACUCUCCUGCCAACUGUUUGGGCCCUUCCCUGCAAUCUGGUAAGAGAAAUCAGCACCCUCAAGGAACCAUGGCAGGUGGGGUGGCGCUGUGCUGAAUCUCCCACAGUGCCCUGGGGCGAUCACCAUGUUGGUUUGGCCAUUCCAAAUGGAGCCUUACAGCAGCCCACCACUGCUGCAGAGAUGAGUGCAUAAGCAAUGUCCAGGCCCACAAGAAUGCACUUUUUCCACUUUUAUCGACCCAAGAGCCACCUCCCGAGAAAAAGAGCUUUAUUAGAAGGAUAUGGUCGUCAACCAAAUGGUGUCUCCAGGUAUGUUGGGACUAGGCUCCUUUUUGAAAUCCUGAAGAACCACAGCCAGUGACAACCACCAUGAGUGUUGGGCUACAAGCCCUCUCAGGCCUAGUCAGCAUAGCCCAAUGGCCAGGGAAGAUGGGGAAUUGUAUUCUGCAGAAACCUGGAGGCCCCCUGAUUGGCGACUCCUGAUGUCGAUACUGGGUUAAAUGGACCCAUGCUCUGACUUCCUAUGGUCCUAAAUGCAGGUAUGUGGCCAAAUAUACACAUCCUCAGCUUCACAGAACUAUAAAAGCCCUGCAGGGCUAUAUUGCCAGUAGCUGCAGGUUCAGAUGUGCAGGGUACCUUCAUGAUAGCCACAGCCAUGCAAUAUUACCUGCUACUCUUCCAAUAAUUAGGUAUGCAUUGCCGAUCUCCAUGUGCUGCCUUUCAGAUAGAUCUUGCUAUUUUCUGUGCAAAUAAUUUUUAGUGCUCCAUUAUCUUCUCUCAGAGAGACCCAAGUUGUGUUUAACGUGAAACUCUACUGUGUGGAGCAGAACUUGCACUCUUGCAACUGAAGCACCGUGUGUUUUCAGGGUUGCUAGAUGCUUCGCUCUGGAGCGAACAACAACUCA